UCGCUCGCUCCCUCCCUCCUUCUUCUGCCGUUUCUCGCCCCCCUUUUUAAACGUCACAAAAAUAACAAUAUUCAUUCGUAUUUUCUAACGUUAAAUCGAUAUAUUUAUAUGGAUAAUUACAAUUAUAUCUAUAUCUAUCUAUAAUAAUUAUUAUAUAUAUACAUAUAGAUAUAACAGAAAGAAAGACAUUGAUUAUUAAAAAAAAUCGGCCGGAGAAGAAAAGAUGGUGUCAUCUGGUGGUUCUUCAUCACGGAUGGAAGGUGGGCUAUCAGCAGGUGUUCGUAAAACGAUACAAUCAAUAAAAGAAGUAGUUGGAAAUCAUUCAGAUGCUGAUAUUUAUUCUACCCUUAAAGACUCCAAUAUGGAUCCCAAUGAAACUACUCAGAAAUUGUUAAAUCAAGAUCCGUUUCAUGAAGUUAAGAGGAAAAAAGACAAAAAGAAGGAGGUUACAUCAUCGAAUGGUCCUGUGACUAUUAAGCCUAGAAAACCAACUGAACCGCUAGCUCAAGGGAUGAAGUCUGACACGUAUACAGAUCGUAAUCCUCGAAGGGCACCCUUUGUUAGGAAUGCACCUGAUGCAGGAGUAACUAGACAGUUCAGACAGUUUCGUGUUGUGAGAGACAACAGAAUUAAUCGAAGUGAGAAUAGAGAGAUACAACCUCCUGCUAAAAGUUUGGUGGCUGUCUCCACUAAAGAACCAGUUAUCUCAAGUGUGCCUGAUAAGAGGUCAGCCGAGGCUCCCAAAAAUCCGAAGUUACCGAUUGAUUCACUCUCUAAACAGGUAAAGGGCGUUAAUUUGAGUGGUAAGCGACCUCUGGUCUCAUCAAAUGUUGCUCCACCUGUGCAAGCAACAAAAACACACGAGUCUCAACAAUCAGCUGUAACAUCACCCAACAGUUCGGUAGUAGGAGUAUAUUCAUCCUCUUCAGACCCGGUCCACAUACCUUCCCUGGCCUCUAGACCAGCUGCAAAUGUUGGGGCCAUAAAACGUGAGGUUGGGGCAGUUGGUGUUAGACGCCAUACAUCUGAUAAUUCUAUCAAGCUGUCAUCGAUGCAGGGAAGUUCUGUUUCAAACUCAUCCAAAGAACAAUUUAGAUCUUUUGCAGCCAUAUCUAAGAGUGACCAACCAUCUCUAUCCAAUGUGUCUGAACCUGCUGGAAGGUCCUUGAAUAAUUUUUACAGUAGCAGACCACAUCAACAACCUGGGACUCAUCAGAAAGCUUCUCAAGCAUAUAAGGAGUGGAAACCAAAAUCAAGUAAGAAACCAAGUGUUACUGAACUGGGGGUUAUCGGAAAGCCAAAAAAAUCUGCGGCUUCUUCUGCCAACAACUCUAAUAAGUUGACUACAGAAGCAACUCAGUUGCAGGAUAAAUUGAUACAAGAAACUACUCGUGAGGACCAGAAUGUGAUCAUCGCAGCACAUAUUCGAGUCUCCGAGAUAGAUCGUUCACGCCUGACUUUCGGGAGUCUGGGAAUUGAGGCCGAGUCUCCUCAGAUUUCUGGAUAUCAAGAGACUAGGCAUGUUGAAGAAUCACAUGUUGAACCUUUGGCAAGUUUAUCAGUGAGCUCUCCAAACUCUUCUGGUGAUGAACCUUCUGGUAGCAAACAGGUUGAGCUGGUAGAUGAGCGUGUCCACAGUUCCGGUUCCAUUUCGCCCGAGUCAGGUACCUCAUCUGAACAACAUUUGACUGAUAAGCUAGAGUCUUCAAGCCCUCAAAACAUGGAAAGUUACAACAAUAUUGGUCUGAUUAGACACAACAGCCCAUCUUAUGUUCCUUCAGAGCCCCAACAGCAGCAAGGUCCUUCAGAAUUGCCAAGCUUCUCUCAGGCGUAUGACCCUCAGACUGGUUAUGAUAUCUCAUAUUUCCGACCAGCUUCUGGUGAAUCCCUUAGGGGCCAGGGGCUUCAAGUUCCUCAAGAGGCUUUUAGCUCUCAUGUAGCCAACAGCAUUCCUGCAACCACAAUUUCCAUGGUACAACAACAAGCUCCAGUGGCCCAAAUGUAUCCACAAGUCCAUCUUCCUCAUUUUGCUAAUCUCAUGCCUUACCGCCAGUUUAUUUCACCUGUCUAUGUUCCACCAACAAUGGUCAUGCCUGGAUACUCUAACAAUCCUACUUACUCUCCCCAUCCCACCAAUGGUAGUAGUUACCUCCUGAUGCCUGGUGCUAAUUCCCCACAUGUAAGUGCAAAUGGGGUGAAAUAUGCAAUUCCACAAUACAAAUCUCUUCAGGCUGGCAGUCCUACUGGGUUUGGGAACUUUACUAGUCCUACUGGAUACACAUUAAAUACUCCUGGAGUUGUGGGUAGUGCAUCAGGGCUAGAUGAUCCCUCUCGGCUUAAGUACAAGGAUGGGAAUGUUUAUAUUCCAAACCCUCAGGCCGAGACAUCUGAACUUUGGAUGAAUCCAAGGGACAUGCCUAGUCUGCAAUCAGCAUCAUAUUAUAACAUGGCUGGGCAAACACCUCAUGCUGCAUAUAUGCCCUCACACACUGGCCAUGCUCCAUUCAAUGCAGCUGUUGCACAAUCUUCUCAUAUGCAAUUUCCAGGAAUGUAUCACCAUUCCCAGCCUGCAGCUAUGGCAAACCCACAUCAUAUGGGACCCGCCAUGGGUGGGAAUGUGGGAGUUGGAGUGGCGCCUGGAGCUCCAGGAUCCCAAGUUGGUGGUUAUCAACAGCAGCCUCAGUUGAGUCAACUGAGUUGGACAGGGAACUUUUGAAACGUUUAUGAUAUGGCUUUUCUUGUAUGGGGACCAAAUUUAGUUAUAGAAAUGUUUUCAUGUUUUAUUUAUGAAAAAUGGACCUUACAAGCUUUUCCCCUAUCAAUGCAUAAUGCGUUCAUGCUGUUGUCAAAGAAACUCUGGUUGAAAAUCAAGCCCUUCCGAGGCUGGUUUUUGUCUGUGUCCAUGACAUGGGGCUGUAGACCUCGUCAAUCAGAGAUCCAUGAGGGAAGGUCUAUGGUUCUUUUUCCUUUGAGUUGAUAUGGCUCUAUUAUUUUUGUUUU